AUGAAUAAUUUGAAAUUUGAAGAGUUGAAAAUCAAAGAUGAAGAGCCAAUUUCAUGUGAUAUUGCAAAUAAAAUAAAAGAUUCUAAAGACUUAAAAAAUGACAGCAACGAAAUUAGCGAUCAUAUGAUACCAGAACUAAUAUCAUUAUCAAUAUCAUCUUCAACCCCACUAAAUAAUAAUAAUAAUAAUAAUAAUAAUAAUAAUAUUAAUAAUAAUAAUAAUAAUAAUAAUCAUAAUAAUCAACCUAAAAAAAAAAGAAUAACACCUAAACUAAUAUCAACUAGUAUCGAUUCUUCAUCUGCAACAAACUCUGCAUCACCUUCAACAAAUGCAUCUUCCUCAGCUACAAAUGCCAAUCCUUUUAACUUUAACUAUGAUUUAUCAGCACCAAUAUCAUCAAUGUUUAGUGCAUUUUUUUCAAAAUCUCAACCUUUUUCAACAUCUGCACCAGCAACAUCUGCACCAGCAACAACAAUUAAUAUGGUCACAGAAAGUAGGAAUAAAAAAAUGAUUGAAAAAGAAAAGGAAAUUAAAGAAAAAAGGAAAAGAAAAGAAAGAAUGAGAAAAAAACCUUCAAAAUCAACAAAUGACAAUAAAAAUAGUGAUAGUGAAAAUAAUACAACAAAAACAACAUCAACAACAACCACAACAACAACAACAACAAAUUCUACAGAAAACAAUUCAACUAGUAAUAUAUUUUAUGAUGAUGCAGAUGAUGAUAAUGAGGAUGAGAAUGAUAUUGAUAAAACAGUACCAACAUUAAAAUCAAAGAAAACAUCUCCGUCAUUAAAAAAAAAAAAGAAAUUAAAAGUUUCAAAAACCUUAAAUAUAUUAGAACCAUUCUCUUUUUUAAUCUCAAUGCCACCAAAUCUAUAUGCAUUAUUUUAUUUAGAUUUAAAAGAUUGGUUAUUUUCAAAAGAUUUAAAUAUUGAAACAACACCUUUCACUUCAAACCAUUUAUUAAAAUUAGAGCAACAUGGUAUUGAUACAAAAGAAUUAAUUAAAAUACUUUGUAAUGUAGAAUUGAUUGAAUCUAAUAAAUCUAAAUUAAUAAUAAUACAAGAUUUAUAUAAUUUAAAUUUAAAAAAUUCAUCAUCAACAUUAUUAGUUGAUAAUAAUAAAUUCUUAAAGUUACAAAAAGAGUUAUGGUGGGUUAAAACAACUAAUAAAAUGUUUUUAAAACCAUCAGUUAUGAAACCCUCAAGUCUAUUUAAAGUUUGGUUUGGUUUCUUAGUAUUGGAAUUAUGGUAUCGUUUCAUUUGGGCCUACCAUACUCAAAAAGUUUAUAAUCAAUUAGGUGGUGGUAGUUUAAUGAUUCAAGAUAAUGAAGAUAGUGAUAGUGAUGAAGCUGGAGUUGAUGCUGAUGAAGUUAUAGAUUUGGAUGAUCUUGGUAAAGGUGAUGAAGACGAGGAUGAGGAUGAUGAAGAUGAUGAUGAAGAUGACGAAGAUGAGGAAGAUAUUGAUGAUGGUGAUGAAAUCAUCAUUUAUGAAGGUGAAGAUCAUACGAUUUCAAAAAUAAAGGAAAUUAAUCACCAAAUUCAAUCUACAACUGCCUCUUCAUCAUCCUCAUCAGAACAUGAAGAUGAUUCAAUGGAUGUUGAUGAUGAAGAUGAUGAAGAUGAUAAUAAUAAUAAUAAUAAUGAUGAUAAUAAUAAUAAUAAUAAUAAUAACAAUAACAAUAAUAAUAAUGAAAUUCAUAAUAAUGAAACUGAAGAUAUUAUAGAAGAUGUAAACAAACCAAAUAAUUCAUCCACUUCAUCAUCCACCACUGCAAAGAAAACCAUAACAAAUAAUAAUGAUAAUAAUAAAAACCAAAGUAUACAACUUGAACUAAUCCCAACUAUGGUGCCAAUAUUUUUUGUGCAUGAUACAAUCACUGAAUCAAUUAAUGAAAUAGAAGCUGAAUUUUGGGAUACAGGUAUUUGGAAUAUUAAAAAAGCAACUGAAACAUUUAGUCAAUUCAUUCAUUCCUAUUAUAGGGAUAGUAAAUCACUUCCAUCUCUUACAUUUGCAGAGAUUCACGAAAAUAUUCAUAAAUUUUAUAACAAAAAAUACAAAUCUUUCAUAAAUGAUCUUUGUAUAAAAACUAGUGGUAGUGAUGGUUUUAAUUGGUUUUGGUCAAACGAUUCUUUAUUAAAUACAACAACAACAACUACCACCUCUGCUACAACACAAACAUUACUAAACAAUGAAAUCACUAGUGAUAAUAAUAAUUAUAAUAGUAAUAAUAGAUUACUUGAAUUUAUUAAUAAUGUUAAUGUCCAACAAUUUAAUAAUUUAACACAAGGUGGAGUUGUAUCACAUAGUCAUACAUUUUAUUAUAUGUUCCCAUUCUUUGCUGAUAUGAAACCACCAACUCAUCCAAUUAGUGAUUAUUAUAUGGGUUUAAAAAGAAGGUUAGAGAAACAAGGUAUAUUCAAUAAAGAAGUUGAAAAAAUCGUUGAAACUUUGGAUCGUCUUUUAGAGGAACGUCAAUUAAUUCAAAGAACAAAAUCAAACUCUUCCAAUUCCAAUGAUACCAACGAACAACAAGAUAACAUUCCAUCAGUUUUGAAAGCUGUUGAUGAUUAUCAUACAACUAGAAUUAAAUAUUUAGAUGAAUUAAUCAAUACCCUAAAGGCAGAAUAUCAUAAACUUACAAACAAAGUUGACCAAUUACCAUCAACUAAAAAAUCAAUAAGAUCAAAUAAUAAUGAUAAUAAUAAAAAUAAAGAUAAUAAUAAUAAUAAUAAAUCAACACCAACUACAAAAUUGUAA